AGGGUAUGAUUGACGUCUGACGUGACAACGUGUGAAUUGCUUUUGUUGCUAGUACUCCCUUAGAAGCGACGGUCGAAAAUAUAAGUUAGGUCUAAAACUGUAGUCGUUGUCACUGUGGGCGUGUAAAUUGCCUACUAUCUGCCUAUAUCUACUUCGAUUAGACUCUCUUGAGUAGAUCAAAUGACUCUGCCACAACUACUCUGGUUGAAGAUGUUAUUGAGUAGUUGUUCAUAAUUCACGGGUGCCAGUAUGUCCUCCAAAAGAUUUUUGUUGUGUGUGUGAGAGGAAGAGUAAGAAUAAGUACCUCCAUCGUGGUGUAAAAAAAUAUUUGGACAGACUUUUUGUAACGAGCAAUAAGAUGGCGUCGGAUGCGUUGCGCUAUGUGCUCAAGGAGUGGUUUGGGACCUACGUAACUGGGCUCGAGCGCGCGGAGCCGGGAGAAUUCAAGAAUUUGAGGCUGAAGGUUGACGACAUAAACGAAGACCUGAAGGAGUGCCAGAGUCCUCUCUACUUCAAAGAUGGUACUCCAAAAAGUAGAAAAGAAAUGUAUCAUAAUAUCGAUGAAGUAACUAGAUGAUAACGGUAUGAGUUGAGUUCCGCCACUUCUUAUGGGGUUACGGAUGAAGCAACACGGUCCUGGUUUCGCGUCGUGAAUGAUGGUAGUCCGGCCAUCUGUUAGCACGACUCGCUACGACAGCACGAAGGCGCAUCAUUUUCCGUAAGCCAUUUUCAUAGGAGUUAUUGUCGCACGUUUAUCAAGUGUUUGAUAAUACAUCACUACAGGGGCUAUAGGAGACGUUAGCAUCCAAGUAAACUGGCUCGGGACUGUAAGUUUCAGUAUUGAACGGAUAUCAUUUGAGGUUGGUAUCGAUGCGGUGCAGGCGAUGCGCAAUGCGAUGGGCGCCGGCUCACAGGAGGCAGAAGACGAUGCAGCAGCGGCAAAGCGCGAAGAGGAGGCAAAGAAGAUGCUGUAUUAGUACAACACCCGUGCCUACAAGUUCAAGUCGAUUUUUUGAUUUUCGAUCUCGGUAAGCCACGUUUUUAGAACGAAGAGUUAUCAAGCAGACAGGAGGGCAUGCUACUAAGUUCGGGAAAAUCCAAUUUCGUUUGAAUAAUUUUUUCCGAACACAACAGGUAUUACGGCAAACAAAAUGCGAAAACAGCGUACUUUUGUCCGAAACACGAUAGCUCUGACCGUCGUAUGAAGGGCAUAUCCAAGACAAUGACGUGCGAGUACUGCAAAAGCCGACUCCAAACAAACUACGUGGACUUUGUUUGUUGUCCUCCGUGCUCGCAGAAAUUGCAGAAGUGCAUGAUAUGUGGCGACACAGGCUGUGAUGCAACGAGUACGAGAUCAACGGCCCCAGUAGCCGUGAACGCGAAUGGUUCGGCACCGCUUGGAUCCGGCGUGAAUACAAAUGCAGGAGUUUCUGAUCGCAGCGUUGCCCCAGCUUCUGUUACCGCUAAAAUCGCGAAGCGAGGUUAUCAUUUUACUUAAAUUUGUGGAUUUGUGAUUUUUACGCGGAAAAGAUGCAAGAAAGUGGGCAUGACGAUCACGGAUGUGUCUAGUACUUUUUACUCUGUAUGGUUCGAUAGCAUGCAUCUGCCACUAAUGUUCAUGUCCAUGUUGUUUCUUUCCAAAACUAACAGGUGUGAGUGUUUCAUCUACCUAACACUUUCGAAACUAACAGGUAUACAAUCAUCCGUAGCUGCUACCGCGUCAGACGACUUUGCAGGGCGGGAAGUUGCUGAGCGCAUAUUUGGCAAGUUGGGGCAUCUGGGUAGAGAUGCGCAAAGUGCUGACAGCGCGUCAACGCGGGCCCAGACCUCCGAAGAGGAAGUCGGUGUAGACGCUUGGAGGCGGCUGGCACAGGAGCGCAACCUUAUUCAAAGAAGAAACAACAUGAUGGCCGCGCCAUCAGCAGGUACUUUGGCGCACACCGCUGAACAAAGCAGAUCAUCAAAUGGAGGAGAUGUCUUCGGAGUCUGGUGGUCUGCUUUGUUCGAAAACAUUAACAGCUCAAUAGCUGCUGCAGCGUCCUCAACAACAGGAGGAGACGUCGCACCGGCAUCAAGUGAUCCGCCAUCGUCGUCCGCGUCGGACUUCUCUCGACUGCAAACCGGCUCAUCCUCUUCAUCAUCGUCCGGGAGCAAAGUGGGCGCAAGUUAUGGAGGAGGGACUGGACUCAACUUCAGCGGUUUGGAUCCGUCCACAAGUCUGCCGUCAUCCGAACCGAACCAACAGCAGUCCUCAGCAUAUCCUUUCCUCCCAAGCAGUGCGACGUCGUCCAUGCACGCCAACAUGAGCUUUCACGCAGUGACGCCAAGCGUUGCUGCUGAUUUGCCGAGUUUCGCACAGACGCCGCGACGAGAGAAGCUGGACGAGUUUAGUUGUAGCAGUGCUACAAGUGACCGCAGAUCAGAUAGCAAGCAAUUGGCGACAGCCGCGGGCGACGUGACGAGUCCCGCAACGACAGCACGUGCAGGCGGGCUUUCGUCUUAUCCUGGUGUAGCAGCUGUCGCAGAGAGUCACCGUCCUUUGAGCAGUCCUGCGCCUGACUUUGGUGCUUCCGCAGACGCGUAUCUCAAAAGCUUUUACUCCUCGCUCGGCACAAGCUCCAGCAGCGAUGCGCGGAAUCACCAGAGUAACGGAUCGACUUCUCUCGGACCGCAGGCAUCGGGUAGUACGUCUCGAGAUCCAGCAACAAGUAACGUCGUAGGAGUACCCGGUUCAGCCAGUUGUGCUUUGACUACGCAGCCAGACACCUUUGCCGAGGAGGAUCGGGCGGCAGCGUUGCUGCAAAUUUCCGGCGGGCAGACCUUCGAGCGCAAGACCCAUCAUGACGGUAGUUACGCGGCGGCAAUCGAUCGCGCUCUUAAACGUAGCAGCGCUGGUGGAGGUGGAAAUUCCGUGUCGAUCUCAUCGCCAACGGAAGGUCAACAAGCGCCGGAAAGACAACAAGGCGACUCAGGGGGAGCCCCAGCGGCAGACACGGCACUAAAUUACCGGCGCAGCGGAACGCGACCAAGGACAAAAUCUGGCGAAAAAGCGUCUGGUUGGCGGUCUUUCGGAUCGUGGGCAUCUGGUUGGGGAUCUUGAGUUCCACACCUUACACCAUCCGUUUGUUUUUCCAUCUUGGGAGACUCAAUUUCUGCGCUCACAUCAAUUGCGGAUUCGGAUAAGUACUUGUGAAUAAUUUGUACAACCAAUUAUAUCAUAAAGAUAAUUCCUUGCAUCGUCUCGCGCUGCAUGAUCAUAAUAUCAUGAUUGAUCGUUUUAUCCACGAAAUUUUCUUACGGUAAACGACGUCCAGUGGGGAAUAGGUAAGGUUCUGCGUGAGUAAGUAACAUGUGUGAAAAUUUUUCGACUAUAGUCUCUCUUAAUAAAUAGUGUUAGUUUGACCGCUACGGUCGAUUACGUAGUCUGUCAUGUCAAUAUUGUGUUCGGUGAUGAUGUCUCUCAUGUCUUUUUGCGCACUUGUACUAUUUAAGUUCGUUUGUAGAAUACUUGAUGGGAGCCAAAGUUGCCGCCAACGAGAAAUCAGGAGACAU